CAGGUUAUGGAAAUGAGUGCAGUGAUUUUCUUUAGCUGCUUAGUAGGUGGACGUUGGGGUGGGUAAAGUGUGUCAGUUGAAAGAGGUAUAAGGUCCGCCUGGUCCCAACCCUAAUAAGGGGGACAGUCAGAUGUGAAGGCAGAACCUAGAAGGUCUUGGAGGACAGCAGAGGAGAAUGCCACGGUCCUUCCUUGUAAAGAAGAAGCAAGGAAGGUGUGGGGGGUGGAGAUGGAGACAUCCCCAGCAGACUGGCGGGCAGGAAGAUAACCAGACGCUAAGUGAGGAAAAAGAGCUGGCAUCUUCUCCUUUCACCAGCCCUGGACCCUCCCAGCCCUCCAGUCCUCCCUGCUCCUCCACAGGACCAGGGAGAGGAUCUGGAGGUGCCACACAGAAGGCAGUGGCGGUGUCUGGACCAGGUCCAAGCCAGAGCUGGCCGACUCUCCUCACACAGACCCUGGCCCCAGCCAAUUACUUCCAUCCUCAUGCACUAGCCUCCAGAGCCAAGCCCCGCUCCAUGCCCACGUCUGCAGGGGACCACGUGUGCGCGCUCUGCCACAAGGUGUUCCCCCUGCAGCGCAUGCUCACACGGCACCUCAAGUGCCACAGCCUAGUCAAGAGACACCCCUGCAGAUACUGUGGCAAAGGCUUCAAUGACACCUUCGACCUCAAGAGGCACAUGCGCACACACACAGGUAUACGGCCAUACCGAUGUGAGCUAUGUGAGAAAGCCUUCACACAGCGCUGCUCACUGGAGUCCCACCUGAGGAAGAUCCAUGGUGUAAGGCAGCAGUACGCCUACCGCCAGCGACGCUCCAAGAUCUUUGUGUGUGAAGACUGCGGCUACACGUCCAACCGACCAGACGAGUACUUCCUGCACGUGCGGCAGUGCCACCCUGGCAGCCCCGCCCUGCGGCGCUACUACCGGCGCCAGGCGCAUGAAAAUGCCGGCACGCCCGGCGCUGGGGAACCCAAACUGAGCCCCUUUUUAAUGUACUCCACCCCGGGGUACUACAUGUGAUGGUCUGAUGCUGCCAAGAGACAAACCCUUCUUCUUACUCUCCUGGAUCACUAAAAAGGAUUUAACAAUCAAGACAUUUGUGAAAAAAAUUGCUGGUAGUUAAGAGGAAACAUACUUUAGAAAUCAAUCUUAGGAAUUAACUAAUAAAUAUUUUAUGAAUCAAUACUCCAAUAAUUUGAUGGGUGAAAUAAAGGUUUAUGUUUAAGUAUAAUUUCAUUGCUUUAAAUACAAGUUCAAUAUAUAAAUAUAUCAAUCUUUA